CCAGGGGUCCUGCGUGCGGUGGUCGAAGCAGCGAACUCCGGCGCGUCAGUUCUCUGCCUGUGCGAGAAGGGAGACGCCAUGAUCAUGGAAGAGACUGGCAAGAUUUUCAAGAAGGAAAAAGAAAUGAAAAAAGGUAUCGCCUUCCCAACGAGUAUAUCGGUAAAUAACUGCGUCUGUCACUUCUCCCCCCUGAAGAGCGACCAGGACUACAUCCUCAAGGACGGAGACUUGGUCAAAAUUGACUUGGGAGUCCACGUCGAUGGCUUCAUAGCGAAUGUAGCACACAGUUUUGUCAUAGACGCCUCCAAGGAAAACCCUGUGUCAGGCCGUAAAGCUGAUGUCAUCAAGGCAGCUCAUCUCUGUGCUGAAGCCGCCCUGCGCUUGGUAAAGCCUGGAAACCAGAACACACAAGUGACAGACGUGUGGAACAAAAUAGCCCACUCGUUUCACUGCACGCCGAUUGAAGGGAUGCUGUCACACCAGCUGAAACAGCAUGUGAUCGACGGAGAGAAAACAAUCAUCCAGAACCCUACAGACCAGCAAAAGAAGGACCAUGAAAAAGCAGAAUUUGAGGUCCAUGAAGUUUACGCUGUUGAUGUUCUCGUCAGCAGUGGAGAGGGAAAGGCAAAGGAUGCUGGACAGAGAACCACCAUCUACAAAAGGGACCCCUCCAAACAGUAUGGCUUGAAGAUGAAAACCUCCCGUGCCUUUUUCAGCGAGGUGGAGAGGCGCUUUGAUACUAUGCCAUUUACUCUCAGGGCGUUUGAGGAUGAGAAGAAGGCCAGGAUGGGGGUGGUGGAAUGCGCCAAGCAUGAGCUGCUCCAGCCUUUCAAUGUCCUCUACGAAAAGGAAGGAGAGUUCGUUGCACAGUUCAAAUUCACAGUGCUUUUAAUGCCCAACGGUCCCAUGAGGAUAACCAGCGGCCCCUUCGAACCGGAGCUCUACAAGUCGGAGUUUGAGGUGCAAGAUGGAGAACUGAAGGCCCUUCUACAGAGUUCUGCAAGCCGGAAGACCCAGAAAAAGAAGAAAAAGAAGGUAAAUUGGCCAGGGUCCAAGAAUGCAGAGAAUGCCACCACGGGAGAGACGGCGGAAGAGAAUGAGGCUGGCGACUGA